AUGAAGAUCGAUGUUAUUCCUAUGUUCGAGGACAACUAUGCAUAUUUGAUUAUCGACGACGCUACCAAAGAUGCUGCGAUUAUUGAUCCAGCGGAACCAUCCACG